AUGAUAAAAAAUAUUCAAGAAUUUUUAAGAAGAGUUGAUUAAUUUGGAGCAAAUUAUAAACCAAGCUAUGCUUAUGGAGAAGUCUAAUUCAAAACAUCACUUGGAGGUUUGUUGUCUAUUUUGCUUUAUGGAGCCAGUUUAUCAUAUUUAAUAUAUGAAUUGAUUUUGUGGAGAUCAGGAUAAAUACUACCAAAAGUUACAACUAUGGCAACUGAAAUUGAGUCAUAUUCCUUAAAUUUUGAUUAAGUAACUGUAGCUGAAUUUUGUCUCAGAAGACACAAAAGUAUUCCUGAUUAAAUAGAUCCUUUUGAACCUGAAAACAUAAUAUUAUUACCAAUGUUAUAUAAAGUUAUAGAAGAUGAACUUUAGAUACCAACACCUCUAUUAUCAAAAAAACUAUCACCAGAACAUAAGAUGAUUGUUAUUGAAAUUAGAAAUAUAGAACUUUCCAAUAAUGAAAAUGAAUAAAUAGAUCAUAAAAAUAUUGAAUAUACAAUAAUGUUUGAAGAAUGUGAUCAAAGUGUAUUACCAGAAGGAUGGACUUGUGCAAAAGAAGAGAGAGUGAAAGAGUUUUUCAGUUAAAAAUAAAAUUAACUUUUUAUCAGAACAUUUGUCAAUUAAUAUAAUACAUCCACCAAACAAUUAGAAAUGAUUGAAUAAGAUUAUUAUGCUUCUUUUGAUAAUAAAACAACAUAUUUUAGUUAACUUUCUUUUGGAACAUCAAAUGUAUCAGUUGAUACUGGAUUCUUAUUUGAAAAUAUUGAAAAAUAUGAAUUUCCAAGUCAAAUAAUCACAUAUAUUUAAUAGAUGGAUUUAGAUUAUUUUACUCAUACAUUUUAAAAAGAUGUAUUCAUUGUUUUUGAAUUUGAACUUGGAACACUUUAAUAAACUAUUUUCGUUGAAUAUCCUAAAGUAUCAGAAGUAUUGGCAAAUAUUGGAUCUAUAAUCUCAUUCUUUUUAUUCUUCUCAAAUGUAGCUUAUUUAAUUAAUGAAAAAACACUUGAAGACAGAGUAGUUAGAGCAGUUAUAGAAAUGUAUUAUCCUUAAUUAAAGAAUAUUAAAUUUAUUUCUAAUUGGUAUUCAAAAAUAAUUGGAGUCAAAUAUUUUGAUAAAUCUAUCCCAUUUAAUAAAUUCAUGUAAAAAUAUCGUGACUUAACUGAAAUUGCCAAAUAAAAACUUUGUUUAACUAAUUCCUUAUAUGAAGUUUCAAGAUUAUAAUUUAUUCUACGUUCCAAUUUUGAUUAUGAAAUUUUAAGUUCAUGUCAUAGUAUAGGAAUCAAAUUAAAUAUUCUGGAAACUUCAUCUGAUCCAGAUGAAAAAUCAGAAAUCUAAUAAAUAAACAAAGUACAUGAUUUUCAUGUUGAAAAUGUAGACGAUUAAUCUCUUGAAGAAAUUAGAGUACAAGCUUAAGUCAAUGUAAAUUUAUUUAUUUUAAUUUAGAAUCCUUAAGCAACACUUGAUAUCAAAGAUCAGAGUAUUAUUAAUAUUGAUUAACUUUAAAAACCUUAAAGUUUUUUUAUUGGAAAUGCAAAUUAGUAAUAUCCUAACAAUUUACUAUCAGAUGAAGAUUUCUAUAUCUUGAUGUAAAAUUAAUAAGAUAUAAAAUUUGAAAAUUCAAAAUAGUAAUCCACUAUUUAUCUACAAAAAAUAUAAGAAUUAAAUACAAAAUGA